UCCGUAAAACUAUUUUUCUUAAAUUACCUUUGUGAAAUAUUGAAAACAAAUUUUAUAUAAUAGUAAAGCAUAAUGACUUCGAUGAACGCGGACGUAAGUACUAGUGGCAUGGGAGAGUACGAGCCACUGGAUCCUUCCUUAAAAAAUGUUAUUGAAAUGCAUUCGUUGCGGUGGAUAUUUGUCGGCGGAAAAGGAGGAGUUGGUAAGACAACCUGUAGUUGCUCGUUGGCUGUGCAGUUAUCCAAAGUCAGAGACAAUGUUUUGAUCAUUUCUACAGAUCCUGCGCAUAAUAUAUCUGAUGCAUUUGAUCAAAAAUUCAGUAAGGUGCCGACGAAGGUAAAUGGUUUUGAAAACUUGUUUGCUAUGGAAGUCGAUCCAAAUGCUGGGAUUACAGAAUUGCCGGACGAUUACUUUGAAAGUGAAACAGGAAUUGGAGAUACCAUGCGGCUAAGUAAAAGCGUUAUGCAAGAAAUAGUAGGAGCAUUUCCUGGUAUAGAUGAAGCUAUGAGUUAUGCAGAAGUGAUGAAAUUAGUCAAAAGUAUGAAUUUUUCUGUAGUUGUGUUUGAUACUGCUCCAACUGGUCACACAUUAAGACUCCUAUCAUUCCCACAGGUAGUUGAGAAGGGCUUAGGGAAAUUGAUAAAAUUGAAAAUGAAGAUAAGUCCAUUUAUUACACAGUUCAGUUCAUUGUUGGGAAUCACUGAUUUUAAUAUCAAUUCAUUCUCAAAUAAAGUCGAAGAAAUGCUUGCUGUCAUUCAUCAAGUUAAUGAACAAUUUAGAAAUCCAAAUCAAACCACUUUUGUGUGCGUUUGUAUAGCAGAAUUUUUAUCAUUGUAUGAAACUGAAAGAUUGGUGCAAGAACUAACUAAAUGUAGCAUUGACACUCAUAACAUUAUUGUCAAUCAAUUAUUAUUCCUUAAAGACGGAGAUGCCCCAUGUAGACUUUGUCAGGCUAGGCAUAAGGUUCAAGAAAAAUAUUUAGAUCAGAUCAAUGAUUUGUAUGAAGAUUUUCAUGUAACGAAACUGCCAUUAUUGGAAAGGGAGGUUCGAGGAGUUACAAAUGUUCGAGAAUUUUCAGAUAAUCUUAUUAACCCAUAUAAACCAUAACUAUUAAAAUGUAUAUGUUUAUCAAUUUUUUAACAAUAUUCCAGAAUAUAUAUAAAUGAAU